AGUAAGAAAUUAGUUGUACACACAGGAAAACGGUGAGUGAAGGUACAGAUGACUGCAGCGCACCAUGGCAACAAGUUCAGCUGAAAACUUUAGCUAUCAGCCUUUUAAAUGUUUAGAGAUUAGAUACACAACUCUCUUGUUGAUGGCUUGUUGUGCAUCAGGAGCAAUCGGAAAACAAAUUGUCCAAGAGGAUCAUUUAGGCAAACAUAACCAUGAACAUAAUGCAAAUAUGUUCCUUGUUUCAGAGGACAAAGAUGAAAUACAGAAACUCAGCCCAUCUGAGCAGCGAAAGCGACUGGUGGAGAUAGUGAAGAAGAUUGACACCAACUCUGAUAAAUACUUGACUCCAGAGGAAAUCACAUUAUGGAUACAGAGGGUGUACAGGACAUAUGCGUUGGAUGAUGCUGAGGAACGCUUCCCUGAGUUUGACUCCAACAAUGAUGGUCUGGUAUCUUGGGACGAAUACAAUAUGGUCUUGCAUGGUCAUACUGUGGAAGUUGAUGUAGAUGCUGUUCUUGAAGACCCCGAGGAGGAGUCUCUCAGAUUUCUCCAUGCAAAGGAAAAAAGACGUUUUGACUUUGCCGAUAUGGAUGGCUCAGAUGCCUUGAACUUAACUGAGUUCCUUGCGUUUACUCAUCCGUCUGAAGUGGACCACAUGGCUGAUUUUGCCAUUGAAGAUGUGCUUUCUGAAUAUGACUUGGAUAAAGAUGGAUUCAUCUGCUUGAGUGAAUUCAUUGGAGAUCUCAGAGCAAAUGAGCAGGAAGAGCCCUCGCAGUGGGAGGUUGAGGAAACGGUGCGCUUUAAAGAUCUCUAUGACCAGGAUAAGGAUGGAAAACUCAACAGGGAUGAACAGCUCCGCUGGGUCGCUCCCAACAGCUAUGGCUCGGCACGAGAAGAAGCCAUUCAUCUGAUCAAGGAAAUGGACCAAGAUGGUGAUGGAAGACUCUCGGAAGCAGAGAUUUUAAAAAACCAAGACACUUUCAUGAACAGUGAAGUGACUGAUUACGGCAGACAGCUUCAUGUGCCACAUGAUGAAUUGUAAUAGUUAGAACCUUUUAUAAAUAGCUCUUAUGGUGCCACAAAGAAAGACUACUUGAGUUUUUAAAAGUUCAUUUUUAUUAGAUAACAUGUAACUGGCACACUACUAUUACACAGCCCUGCAUCUUGAUUUGCAAAAAUGAUAUGAUGAACUCAUAAUGAUGCUGAGUUCAAAAAUAUCAAUAAAAACUUUCCACCAUAUAGUUUUUUUUCACAACAUAACAUUCGUUUUAAUGCACAUAUCAACAAGAGGUUUGCUUGUAAUGACAAAAGAGUAUUCAAAAUGAACCAUUUAACUAACAAUCUGCAAAAAAAAAGUAAAAAUAUAUUUAUGCAAGCUUAUAAAUAAGCUUUUUUUUUUUCAUAAAAUCUGUAAUUUUACGUCACGUCUUUGGAUGUACAGUAGUAAAACACCCAAAGAUGUACAGUAGCAGAAAACGUCAGGGUCAUGUUUGCAUUUUCUUCUUUCACAGGCCACAAUUUUAACCUUGAAAUCAGGAUUAGGCAUAAAAUAAUGUUUCCAGAAUCAUUCAUACAAGUGAAAAUCGGCUGAGAAUUGAACAAAUAGUUAUAACCUGGCUCAGUGGAGGAUAGGAAUCAUGUAUUCAUGUCAGUUUAUCUCGUGAUUAAAGGAUAAUACAAGACUUCUUCGCCUUACAAAUGGUUGUCAAAAGCAGAAAUGCUAUGAAAAGCACAUUUUAUGAGAAAGUGGGACAUGCUAGAGCAAAACGAGCACUAUUUUUGAAAUCGGCAUCGCAAAAUUAGUAAGAAACACGUAGGAUUGGAUUUCAUUCAGCUAAUAUGAUGCAGGGUGGUGUUGUCUAGUGAAAUAGAUUAACUAUUGAGAAAUUGUAUUUUGUUUGAACUAAGCUGUAUUAGAUGCACUUUUCUUUUGGCCCUCUCUAUAUAAAAUCCGUAGCUAUCACACACAGUUGCUGUGCUGUCGCUUGGAGUCAAAAGAUAUUCAAAUCAAUUUAACUGCUACCACCUCGCUAUUUCUGCAGUUAUGAAGAAACAACUCAACUCAACUCUGCUUAGAUUUCGAUGGCUUUGUUUGCUCCAAAUCUCUUUGACACCUAAAGACUGACUCUUUAAUAUUUUCCAAAAGCCCACUGUUUGAGAUGUUCCAUCCUAUCUAGUAUUCAAAUGGCUGCUGAGUGCAUGCGUAUUAUCUGUCGGCCAUGCUCUCUGUGGUCAAUGACAUAUAGGAGAGAGCUUCCUCAUCUCAGUCAAACCUGAGCACUACGGGUGUACUGUGAACAGUGGUUUCCCUGCGUAUGGUAUUGUCAGUUCUUUCAUUUUUCUUCAUUCCGGUUUUGUUUCCUUCUGUGUGCUUGCAACAUUCCUAAAAGCAGCCUGUGAAAUGACACCGUUACAAUUCAAAGAUUCUUUUUGGGUAAGUACAUGACUUGAGCUAUUUUGACAGAUUAGAUUGAACGUUGUUGUCUGUUAGGGCUGACAUGACUGAGGUUAACAAUACUGCAUAUAGUAAUGUGUCUUUACCUUCCAAUAAUACACUAGCAUCACAAUACCCUUGGUCCACUUAUCAAAUCUCAGAAUUUUUUGUGCACUGCCAUUCUCGUUCAUUUGUAUCAGGAAUUACUGUUUCUUUAAAUAAGACACUGAUGGUAUUUCAAACUAAGAAUGAUUUUUUGUUUUUUUAAGAUUUUGAUGUAAGAUUUUUAGGAAUAGGAUUUUUGCCUUUUUUAACAAAAAAUACUUCUCUACAUUUGAGGGUUGAGGGUUUAUAUUUAGACAUCCUCAUAUUGUGUCAUGGAGAUGAUCUGUGGGCUUCCUGUUGAGCGUUUGACUGUGUGCCCACUCUAUCCUCUUUUUAGCUUUGAUCUUGUAUUGUCAGAGCAUCUAUCUACAAAGCAGCUUCUGGGUUGAUUUGCCUGUCAAACCAUGCUAGUGCUGUUCAGUGUUGAAGGUGCAUGUAAAAUAUAUUCUAUAGUUAUGUAAAAAUAGUACUAUUGUUUUCUUUCUGUUGAAAAUGUAAGAUUGUUGAGAUAAACGAAGGAGCGUUCCAUGUUAA